AUGGUGUCCACCGCCCGCAAAGCCGCACUCGCCGCUCUCAUGUCGCUGUCCGUGCUCCUGGCCACGUGCGACGCGCAGCUGCAGUUCCGCGACUCCAAGCCGAAGAGGGGCAUCGCCUCGCUGGGCUACGGACUACCAGGCGUGGCCGUACCAGCAGCAGGCUCCCUGGUGGCGCCGUACAACUACUUCUUCAGGAGCCAGCCGGCGCACUACGCCGCCGCAGCGCCCCUUUCCCUGGCCGGCCACUACGCGGCAGCACCUGCGGCGCCGGCCUACGCCGCCCCGGCGCCCGCCUACGCCGCCCCCGCAGCCGCCUACGCCGCCCCCGCGCACGCCUACGCCGCCCCCCACGCCGCCUACGCCGCCGCGCCGGCCGCCUACUCCGCCGCCCCCGCAGCCUACGCCGCCUCCCCAGUCGGACCGUACGCGGCUGCACCCGCGGCUUUCGCCUCCCCUGCGGCAGCGGCCUACGCUAAGCCGGCUGCCGCGGGAUACGGCUACCUGGGCUGA